UAUUUAGCUUAAUAAGCAGUGAAGAAAAUGUGACUGCCAGAGCUCGGUGGGAGGAGAAAAAAGAAAGUGAUUCCCAGAUUGCCUCAUUAACUUUUGGAUAUAGCCACGCACACGUAUAGCGUGGGAAAUCAUACGAACUACUGAUUAGUAAUAUGUCGAAAAGUAAUUUUGCUACGCAUGUCGCGCCAUACAGCGGGGAAAUCUUGGAAAGGAAUAACUGAAAUUACGACGCGCCUUCAAAGAAAAACUUAUCAAAUAUUUAUUCUAUUAGUUGACAUGCGCUAAUGUAACUUGUGAUAGAAAAUAUAGUAAAGCAAACUUGCUGUUCCUUUCCACAACUAAAAAGAACUUGUUACAGGCACCUGUCGAGGAAAACUCGUGUGUGUGUAUUUAGCUGAAAAAGCAGUGAAGAAAAUCGUGACCGGCAGAGCUUGGUGGGAGGAGAAAAAAAAGGUUCUGAAAUUGCCUCAUUAACCUUUGGACAUUGCCACGCACACGUGUAGCGUGGGAAAUCAUACGAACUACUGAUCAGUGAUAUCGGAUAGUACUCGUAACUUUUUCAAGAUAGAAUUUUGCAGGGUAAAGUCGUGAUUUUCUAAACUUGGGUUAAUCAAGCGGACUUUUUCCUUUUUCAGAUGCUUUUAAGCAUCUUUUAAAAAACCCAAUAAAAGCUGACAUUGCAUAUUAAUAAAGAUGAAUAAGUAUGACAUGACCAUGUGGGAAAUUGUGAUUGGUGGAGCUAGGUGACAGGCGAAGAUGUCGUGUGUCGAUCAUUUACAGCACUCUCUUUUAUAAAACCGGCACACGUGGGGGCACAGUCAUAACGAUUUAUUACUGCAUCGGUGCUGAAGUCGCUUUGAAGCUCGUGAACUUAUCACCCGACAAAAUGCGUUCCAUUGUGGUAUGGCUUUUACUCUUAUCCGUCUUGGUAGCAGUUGUAAGCAUUGAUGUCGAUGGCGAUUCAACCUGCAACAAAACUGUUGAAUCUCUUGACGCGACUCUGGUGACUCUGGUGGCAACAUUGGAGACAGAGUUCGAACAGCUCAAGGCCGAAAUAAAGGAGAACUGUUGUCCAGCUCAGUCAUAUUCUUCGUGCAAGGAAAUUUACGCUGAUAAUUACGGAGAAAACAAAGCAUACCUACUUCAAACGGAUUCUGGAGAGAUUCCUGUGUACUGUCACAUGACAACCUCUGGUCUUGGUGCAUGCGGUGGGGGUGGAUGGACACUGGUCAUGAAAAUUGAUGGAACUAAGUCAACCUUUCAUUACGACUCCGAACUCUGGAGCAACAAGACCGACUUCAACAUUGCCGGGGGAAAGACCGGGUUUGAUGAUGACGAGACCAAGCUACCGACCUACUGGAACACGCCUUUCACCAAGAUUUGCCUCGGUAUGAGGAUCGACCAAACUACCAACUUUAUUGUUAUCAACAAGACCGCCAGCUCUCUUUACUCACUGAUAGCUGAUGGAAACUACCGCGCCACCUCACUGGGUCGUGACACAUGGAAGUCGCUGGUUGGCUCAGGGGGUUCCUUGCAGCUCAACUGUAACAGGGAAGGAUUUAAUGCAGUUGGUGGUGACUACCCACAUUCCAGAGCAAGAAUCGGUAUCCUUGGCAACAACGAAAACGACUGCGAUAAAUGUGAUUCCAGAGUUGGCUUUGGCACAGGAGGGAAACAUGAUGAUUCCAACACUUGUGGGAACGAAGCGACCCGCGCUCCAGAUAAUGGUAUGAAGCGCGUUAAAGGCAUGGGGUACAUCUUGGUUCAGUAAAGUUCGCAUGUUGAUUUUGCCUCCUUCUUGUUAAAGAAAAAUUGGUUAACAACGAAUUGUUACUGCGUAAAAGAACUGGGAACUGUUAGCUGCAAACUAGAAAAAAGCAUGUAGUACAGUUGUUGUGAAAUAAAUAAAAGUGGUGAUGGGA